CAGUGCCAGUCUGAAAGAUGGAGGCCAGGGAUUGUGUUUACGCGGUUGUUGGGAAUAUUCCGCGUAGCCUCCGCUCCGCUGACCUCCGUAACCAGUUCUCGCAGUUCACCGAGAGCGGCGGCUUUAGCUGUUUUCAUUACCGGCAUCGGCCCGAGUGGCGGCGGCCAUUCCCGACUCCAGCUCCAGCCUCAGAGCUGGAGCCAGGCCGUAGCCCGACCUGCUGUUGUGUGGUUCGCCUUCCUGCGGACCGAGCUUCCAGCUUCCUGCUGAUGUAUGACGGCUGCCAGUGGGUGGACAGGGCCGGGGACUCUCUGCGGAGUCGCUGCUUCAUCCGCAUCGUCAGAGCGACGGAGAUUGCAGAUUCUAACCUCUUUUCAUACAAAACGAGAAAGGAACUUCGGAGUCAAAGAGCUCAGAGUGAGACUUUCACCCCUGAGGACUUGUCUAGAUUGCCGGAGCUAAACCCCCCGAUACUAAUGCCCAAUGGGAAUGUUGGAACUCCACUGAAAGUUUUCUUGGAACUGAUCCAAGCGUGCCGUCUGCCUCCCCGUAUCAUCACCAAGCUCAGCCUGAAGUUUCCCAAGACCAGCUCUAGCAGGCGUUAUGGUAAUGUUCCGUUCCAAUACCAGGAUUCAGCCCCUGUAUACAGCGGGGAAACAGUUUAUACAGCUUCAGGAGAAGAAAUCCCACAAGGAGACAUGACUGCUCCUACGCUGCGGCCAGGAAAGGAGCAACGAUCGGCAGGACACAGGAAAUCUUUAAAGAGAAGAGACGAGGAGGAGGAAGGAGAGACAUCUCAUUCUGAUGAUGACAAUGAUACAUGUGAGGAGUGGGAGAGACAUGAAGCUCUGUACGAGGAUGUUACAACCCAGGAGCGGACAAAAGAGCGACUGUAUGAGGAAGAGAUUGAGCUGAAGUGGGAGAAGGGAGGUUCCGGCCUCGUGUUUUAUACAGAUGCCCAGUAUUGGCAGGAGGAGAAAGGAGAUUUUGACGAGGAGACGGCAGAUGACUGGGACGUUGAUAUGAGUGUUUAUUAUGACAAAGAUGGAGGAGAUAAAGAUUCCCGGGAUUAUAUGCAGAUGAGAUUGGAACAACGGCAGAGAGAGGGCAUUGAGAGUGUCUCCGUGCAGUCCCCACGUAUCGGAGGCUUUGAAAGAUAUACUAAGGGAAUUGGCAGGAAGGUGAUGGAAAAGCAGGGAUGGAAGGAAGGACAAGGCCUCGGCUCCAGCAGUUCUGGGCUGGCUGAUGCUCUGGACAAUGAUGGGCAGAACCCCAAGUGUAAACGAGGAUUUGGGUAUCAUGGAGAAAGAAUCCAGAACUUCCAACCAGUGAAGAAAGCAUGUCGACAAACCAAGCAUUUGAUUUCAACCGUGUAUGAUCAGCCUGAGGAGAUGGACCAGGGUGACACUCUGCUCCGGAGACAGCCAGUGAUCAGCAUGAAAUACAGAGAGGACAUGAAGUUUGUUAAAGGGUCAGAACUCAGCAACCACACCCAGUUACCCCGGUAGUGACAUUCUGCGGCUGCUGGUAUAUACUGGGUGGAAGCUGCUACUUCUGUGAAAUGCAGUGUUAGGUUCUUGGUACCUGCUGGUUUUUCACACUGACAGUGCAGCAAGGGGAAUGGUCAGUCGAGCAGGAACCAUGGUCAAGAUUCCCCCAAGCCCAUCCAACCUCAACCAUAGAUCAGAGUAUAAAGCAACUGAGGAACUGAAUGAAGCUCUGGCAAAACAAACAGAGGAUAAACAAUAACUGUUUACAUUUGUAUAGUGCAUUAAACAUAUAAUGCACUGUCGAGGUAUUUUUCUAUGAACGCUCAUGAAUACAGUAUUCAUGCCAAGGAGAUACUGGGCAAGAUUCCAAAGCUUGGAGAGGAAAUGUGUAAGAGAUUAUAGUUGAAAGAACAAAAUGUUUGGGGUGAAGUGGGUUUUUAGGAGAAUGUGAGAGAUAGGAAAGAGGUAAGGUCAUGAAGAGAUUUGAAGAGAAGGUUGAGAAUAAUUCAAAGGUGUUGGGGACCAGGAGAUUUGAUCAUAGACAUGAACACCCACCCACCCCUUCCAUCCCCCAGCCAACGCAACUAGUCCAUCCAAAAUAAGUGCCUGUUUUCACCAAAUUUCCCACGGCAUCUGUGGGUCAAAAGAUAGUUAGCCAUUCAGCUCAUCUAAAUUCAUCCAUCAAGAUCCCAAAGUCCCCAAUGUUUGAGGUUUUUGCCUCCAUUUCCUUACCUGGGUUGAUUUCAUUCUUUAUCUGAAGAAGUGUUUCACGGUAUUAGUUUUAAAUUUUCCCGUCAUGGGAUUGGACCUAUGUCCCUGUCCAAUUUUUAAUAUAUUAAUGAAUUAGUAUGAAUUAGUUAACAUUUUCAAUACCUUCAACAACCUUGCGUAACUGUAUGCAGUUACCUCGCACAUGCCUUGUUACCAGGCUGAAGAGCCCAAGCCUCUCCAGUUGUUCUGACUUAAACGGAGAUCAGUUCCUUCUGACACUGCCUCCAGUGCUUUAAUGUCUCACUUGUUCUUCACAAUCAUACGGGAACCAGUAAGAAGGAGAGAUCUGACCAGAGCCCUGUACAGUUUGAUCACCUCUAAUUUGUGGCCUAUGGAGUUCAACACCCCGUAGGUAUUGUUUGUUGCUGCUUUGCAUUGGUUGGACAUGUUGACUUUACAAAGCAACUCGGCUUCACCCUGAGCUGAUGCACCACCAUUCAUGGAUUGUGUAUGAGACUUUUAUUUCCUUCCCAUCUGCACAACUUCAUACUUGCCUGCAUUAAAUUCUAGCUCCUUUUGGAAUUAUUGAAUGACAAAGCACAGAAGGAGACCAUUUGACCCAUGAGGCAUGUGCCAGCCCUUUGGUGGAGCUAGCUAAUUAAUCUCAUGCCCUGGUGCUUUCCCCAUGGACCUUGUAAUUUUUUUCCAUUCAAGUAUUUUUCCAAUUCUCUUUUGAAAGUUACUAUUGAAUCUAUUCCACCAUUCAUUCAAGCAGUGGAUUUCAGGUCACAACUUGCUGUAUAAAAAUGUUUCUUAUUGUUCUGCCCAGUUGGAUAUUUUGCUUAGCUGUUCUGUAAUUUCUGAGCUGUCUAUAACCAUUUCAUUGCUACCUAGUUUGGAAUCUUUAACCAAUGCAAAUAUGACCACUUUAUACUGGAUUUCUAAAUUCUGCAUUUAUAGAUGUGCACUCUUUUUAGUGAUUUAUGUACUUGGAGUCCUUAAUCUGUCUACUCAUCCACAGUUCCUAUCUCCUUGCCAUUUAGAAAAUAUUCUGAUCUAUCUUUCCUAGGUCCAAAGUGCAAUUCCCACAUUGAUGUCCAUCUGCCACAAUUGUGCCCUGUAUUGCCCUGUAAAUGUUUCUUUGCAAUAUUCUACUUCCAUCUACACUAUUUAUUGUCACCUAACUUGGUGUCAUAUGCAAAGUUAAGGUACUGUAAAUGGUGAAUAGCUGGACCCCAGUACACUUGGGUUGAAUUGGCCACAGGUUUGGGACUGAAGGAUGGCAGGUGCAACGAUAGAGCAUAUUAAGGUAAACUCAAAGCUGACAGGAUUCUGGCUAAUCCUGGAAAUGGAUACGAAACUGUGUAGAAAAAGCAAGAAAUGUGGGAGCGAUAAAUUAGCAAGUUGUAGGCCUAUUUGUCUAAUGUCUGUUGUGGGGAAGUGACUAGAAUCUUGACCGAGUGACUGAGCAAUUAGACAAAUGUGAGCUGAUCAGAGAGAGCUAGCAUGGAUUUGUAAAGGGUAAGUCGUGUCUAAAAGAACCUAGUUGAAUUUUUUGAGGAGGUAACUAAAGUGGUAAAUAAGGAAGUAUCCCAGAAGGGAAAAUCCCAGAACUGAGUGCAGAGUCCAGUCACAGUGUGAUGGAGGAUACUGUAAUUAGAAACCAUUUUUCUUGUAUACAAAAGCAAAAUGUUGCAGAUGCUGGAAAUCUGAAAUAAAAACAGAAAAUGCUGGAAAUACUCAGGCCAUUUUGAUGAAGGGUCAUCAUGGACUUGACCCGCUGAAUCUCUCCACAGUUGCUGCCUCACUUGCUGAGUAUUGCCAGCAUAUUCUGUUUUAUUACAAUUCAAUGUACAUUCGAUGGUUCAAUUUCAUGAAAAAAUAUUUUGUACAUUAAAUAAAAUAUUUUCCUACAA